AUGGCUGCGGUGGUAUAUUUGAAGGUGACAAGUUCGGAUGGUGUGAGUGUCUCUUCAACUACUGCUAAAACCAAGGUGGCUCCUCUCAAGCAAGUCACCAUUCCGAGACUUGAACUCAACGCCGCAGUCAUGCUGGCAAAACUCAUAAGGUAUGUACGUGUUCAACUCAACUUUGAUAACGCUCCUGUGUUCCUGUGGACAGACUCAGCUGUUACCCUGGCGUUGAUCAGCUCUCAUCCCUCCCAGUGGAAGGAAUAUGUGCAUAACAGGGUAGCCAGCAUACAGGAACUGGUUCCAGGAGCGAAGUGGCGAUACAUCAGCAGUAAGGAGAAUCCUGUUGAAUACUGCUCUCAAUGGCCGAAAGAGAAUGCCAAACUGGAUCCGUCAGCGAAUCUGGAAGAGAAGCCCGGAUCCAUAUUUACCGUUUCAAUGGGCUCUACUCUGUGGGAACUCAUCACGAAGUACUCCUCUCUCUACAAAUUGCUGCGUAUGACAGCAAUUUGUCAACGUGUUGUUGCUGGGAUGAGGAGGAAACCAGGUGAAACUCUCGUGGAUCCACUCAGUCCUGAUGGCAUCGAGGCAGCUAGGCUGUCUCAUCCGUUGACCAAACUGACUGCCUUUAUAGACCAUCAAGGUGUUCUCCGAGUGGGCGGCAGAUUGAGGUUCUCUAACCUGCACCCAGAGAGUAAACAACAAGCGAUCGUCCCUAAAGAUUCCGAGCUGACUGAACUUCUCAUUACGGACUCUCAUCAGCGAACGUUGCAUGGUGGAACUCAACUCACGUUGACGCAUCUCAGCAGGUCUUACUGGAUUAUUGGAGGAAGAGCGCCAUUAAGAUCCUUCAUUCUCAAGUGCGUGGAAUGUGCCCGCCAACGUGGAGUACGUGCUCAGCAACUGAUGGGGCAGCUUCCACCGGCACGUCUGUUUCCAGGACGUGCCUUCUCUAACACUGGUGUAGAUUACGCUGGACCAGUGUCCAUCAAGACGUGGAAGGGGCGUGGUCAUAAAACCCAAAAGGGUUGGUUAGUGAUCUUCGUUUCCAUGGCCAUGUCAGCACUUCAUCUGGAAGCUGCCAUCGACUACUCUGCUGAUGAGUUCAUCGCUGCCUAUCGGAGAUUCGUGAGUCGUCGAGGUCAUUGCAGGAACCUCUUUAGUGAUUGUGGAACGAAUUUCGUUGGUCCAGACAAGGAGCAUAAGAGGUUGUUCUCUGCUGGAUCAAAGGAGUUCCAGCAUCUCUCAGCAGUUUGCCUGCAAGACGGUACUCGGUGGUCUUUCAAUCCACCUGGGGCCCCUCAUUUUGGAAGAAAAUGGGAAGUAGCGGUAAAAUCAGUGAAGUAUCAUCUCUCUCGAACGAUUCGGGAUACUGCACUGACGUUCGAGGAACUCUCUACGCUGCUUACCCAGAUUGAAGCUGUGCUCAACUCCAGACCUCUACAGGCUCUCUCUGAAGACCCCGACGACGUGUUGUGUCUCACCCCGGGGCAUUUUUUGAUUGGAGAAGCUCCAAUAGCUCUACCGGAAUCUUCACUGGACCAUCUCAACGUUGGACGGCUCUCAAGAUGGCAACUGAUUCAGCAGAGGCUGCAGUAUUUCUGGAAGCAGUGGUCUACAGGAUACCUGCAGCAGCUUCAGUCCAUCUCCAAGUGGCAUCAUCCGUCCAACGAUAUUCGCAUCGGCUCUGUGUUUGUGCUCUCCGAUGAGAGGUUCCCGCCAGCGAAGUGGCCUCUAGCUCGGGUCACAGCUCAACACCCUGGGAAGCAUGGUCUCUCCAGAGUUGUGACCAUCAGGACAGCAACGACGACAUUGAUUCAGCCGAUCUCCAAGCUGGUUUCGUUGCCAAUCUCUACCAGCUGA